CAAGAGAGAAGGAGGACGACGAAGAGGAAGAGGAGCUCACAACGAGAGAAAUACACAUCAACCAAGAAAGAAAAAGAAGCUGUUGGAAGAAAAAAAGAAAAAGAGCUGAAAUUAGACACCAAAGAAGAAGAAUCAAAUAUUUGUAAUUUUCCUGUCGGAUCAUUUAAUCGUUUUUAAAAGUGUUUUUUGCGAUGGAGAGUGUGCGCGCCGCCGUCUACCUGUCCGUCUGUCUGUCCGUGCUGACAUCACUCUGUCAGGGUCAGAGGUCGGCCGACAACCAGCUGCCGUCAGCACCGGACGAGCCCGUCCUCGGACUCACAACCAAAGAGCUGGCUGAAGCUCUGCAGGGUUUCCUGGAUGAAGCUGACGCCGGCGUCGGCCUCUCCGUGGAGAAGAAGGCCAGCGUCAUCCCCCGGUGUGAUGUUGGCGAGCGUUGUGCGAUGAAACAUGGACCUCGUAUCGGUCGACUGUGCGACUGCCUGAGAGGAACGGCGUGCAACACCUUCUUCCUGCGCUGCUACUGAACACACACACACCUUGGACUUGUAUACUUGUGAGGACAUAAAGCUGAACCUUUAGACUGAGGACCAGGCUGAAUGUCCUCACAGAGAUAGAAGUCCAGGAGAACACACACCUGUCUCACCUGCUGUCUCUCUGCAUGUUUCUGUCUUAGUUUCACAGUUUGAGUGUCCGUCCAUCAGAUUCAUUUAUUUUUGUUAAAUAAAGAUUCUUCAUAAAGUU